AUGGCCGUGGCGACCGUAGCAGUUCCUACGGCCCUGCCUCAAGAUGAAAGAUUGCUUUACUACCCAGUUGUGACUGAGCUUGAUACUGAGCUGCUAAUUCAGUCACUUCAGCUUUCAAUGUACCAUCACAGCUCUCCAGGUGUUGCUGUUUCAGUCACUACUUCUGGUAACUGGAUUGGGAACUUUGUGGUUGCUAUGGUAACCCCAUUACUUCUCGGUUCUGUACUAAAGACGGCCGGUACAUUCUACAUACUGGCAGGGUUUCUCUUUGCUUCAUUUUUAUUUGUGUUGCUAACACUUCCUGAAACAAAAGGAGAGAGUUUAGAGAGAAUUGAUGAAUUGUUUCUAAGGCCAUGGCUACAGAGGAUUAACCUAUUCUACUAUCUGAGGUGUUGUUGUCCCUGGUCUAAUGCUUGUAGGGUAAGGACUGUACAAGAAGAGGACACUGUAGCCAUUGUUGGUAUAAAGAAUGAGAACAAAGAUGAUACGAGUGAUGAGGCUGAAAAUGAUGAAAAUGAGUCACUGAUAAAAGAUACAGAUGUUCUUGAGUCUAGUCUUUCAGCUAAAUUUGACAAAUAAUGGAUGAAGCAAUCUUUGUAUCAUUUUGUGUACUGACAGCAUUGUUAGAUUUUUAUGAAACAGACAGAUUUUAUUAUUUUGCUAUUAUUUAUUUAAAUUUAUGCAUGCAGCAAAUUGUAAAAUGUUACACAUUAUAAUAACAGAA